GGACUACCGUAGCAGUUCAUUACGUCCACUGAUCCGUCACUUUUCAAUAAUUAGUUCUCUUGAAUAGCCAAUAUCAACGCGUAUGGUACUCAAAAGCUCAAUGAGUAAUUGAAUGACUUGAAAAGUCCACCCACCUUCCUCUAGUCCAGUGUUGCCUUCCGCGCCUUCAUCCACCGCAACUGCCAUUCGCCGCUCCUCCAACCCCAGCGAACAUCCGGACAACAACACCCCGUUGGAGUGAUACGGAGAGAUCCCCAGCUCUCCCGCUGUCCAUCAGUCUAUACCGAUGAAUCCGCACAUCUCCCUUCCUCGACAGCAUGGUGGCCCUGCCAACUUCGGCGGCACCCCGCCGACUCGCGGCGAGACCAUCCGUAUGCCACGCUUCUUCAAGCGGCUCUUCAAGUUCCCCCAGAUGGACUUCGAAAUGGCGAUCUGGGAGAUGACUAGCCUCAUAAUCGCCCCCAAGAAGGUCUUCCGGUCAAUAUACUAUCAUACGAAGAAUACGUGGCAUAGACCGGACCCGUCAUUUACCUACCUUCUAUCCGCCUUCUUAUUACUGACUUCCCUUGCCUGGGGAUUGGCAUAUGCGGACGGCUUUGGAGGAACCGUGAAGAUCACCUUGGUGUUCAUCUUCAUCCACUUCAUUGGCCUCUCCCUCCUGGCGUCAACAAUAGCAUACUUCCUUGUGGGACGUUUAUUAGGGCCCGGAGUACCCGGUUUACCGGGCAGAAGGCGACAAGGUCUCUUUGCGCAACCUGGGGAAUCGGAUCCUCUGGAGUUCGGAUACUGCUUCGACGUCUCAAUCCGCGCGUUCUUCCCGGUUUGGGUCUUUCUCUACGUCAUCCAGUUCCUCUUGAUGCCGGUCAUCGCGCGAGACUACUGGGUGUCCCUGUUCUUCGGCAACACGCUGUACCUGCUUGCAUUUGGCUACUACACAAUCGUCAUGUUCCUUGGCUACAACGCGCUUCCCUUCCUCCACCACACGGAAUUGCUCCUUUCGCCGAUCGUCGUCUUGGCGAUACUCUGGUUUGCCAGCCUAUUUGGAUUCAGCUUGCCCAGACACCUUGCCCCAAUAUUGUGGGCAGGUGCAAAACUGCGGAAACAUGUGUAAAGUACAGUGGCAAGAAGUGGAGAUAUACAGGCUUCAUCAAGCCUUCUAUUCAUGCGGUCUCUUUCUCCCAUGCGCCUCUGAUGCCGUGAACCUCGAAGUAGCAGACCCAACGCGGUAACGCCGUGGUUGGUACGGAAACAACCUCUUCGCGAACGAGCUCGCGAGUAGAACUCAGGUAAGAAUCCUCAUCCAACUUACAAAUACCUCUUCUCAAGGGACUCGUCAUAGCAUUGAAUUUGGUCGCCAACUUUGAAGUCCUCCCAGUUGUCAAAUCCAAUACCGCACUCGGUACCCUUGCGCAUUUCCGUGGUGUCCUUCUUGACGUUUUUUAAUGAAGAAAGCGAGCCU